UCACCAUGGAAAGGCACACAAACUCUUGUCGACGUUUGAGCAGACAACUCUAUCUUCAUGCCCCAUCCAGUUGACUGUAGAAGAAGAAAAAAGAAGUAAAGAAACUCUGUUUAUUAUUAUUAUGUGCACCAGACCAAAGCGAAGAACGAAGAAGAAAACAAAGGCAAGGCCAAGCAAAAAGCAGAGAAUGAUGGGAGAAGCCCACGUGAAUCGAGCACUCCCUCGCAUAUAAGAUAAACGGCAUCGAAUGUAACACGUCUUCCAUUAUGAAUGUCCCUGCCGUCCGCCCAGGUACCAUAUAGAUACGACGCACGAUUUGGCGCGUCGGAUCUCCCACCAAAUUCUCGAGCAACUCCCUCUUGCUCCCUGACUCCGAUCAACUCUUUCUCUUUCUCCUCUAAUGAGUUCGAUCUCUGAUACCAUCAUGCGAGCUAUGGAAAACUCCGGCGGCCGUCCGUCGUCCGAGACGUUGAAGUUGGCCGCCGGGGAGGCACGCUUCCAUUUUCAGAGGCUCUGCUUCCUCCUCCUGUCUCCCUACCAUUUUGCCCGCACCUUCCGCCACCUCCAAUCCCUAUCCUUCGAGCAAAAGACCGUGAUGAUCGGGCGCACGCUGUUGGGGUUGCUUCGGAAACUCGCCUCAUGGUCCGAGUUCGAGCCGCCAGUGCAGACCGCCGGUGGAGGUGGGGGUGGUGCUGGCUGUGGUUUGCGCGAUUUCGACGCGGGGAUUUUGCUGUUGCUCAUAUUCGAAGUUUUCGAACAAGACGAGGAGAGCGACUUGGAGGGUGGCCGGAAGCUGACGUCUCCGGCGGACUGGCAGGGGAGGUUGAGGGAGCACUGCGCGCCUAACGUGCUUAGCCUCGGUGGGUUCGGGUUGGAUUAUUGGUCGGUUCUGCGGUGGUACGUGGACGUGGUGGGGAGGUACGAGAGGGUUUGGAGGGCGAGUAUCGGGCUGUUAGGCAACGGUGGCGGUGGAGAGAAGGCGGUGCGAUCGGCUCCGGCGUCGGUGGCGACGGUGGUCUCGUUGGAGGAGGUGGCGGUGGUGGAGGAGGGGGAGGAGUGCGUCGUGUGCUGGGAGGAGAUGGGAGGGUGGGCCGGCGGUGGGUGCCGGCUGGCCUGUGGGCACGUCUUUCACGUCGGCUGCAUCGUCGGGUGGCUCAAGAAGGCCAGCACGUGCCCCGUGUGUAGGUUCGAGCUGCCCACCGACGACGUCGCCCUUGAGAUCGACAGGCUUCGCCGGGUUCUUGCCGACAGGAGCCGCCAUACAUGCUUGUCCUAGCAAAAUCUCUCUCUCUCUCUCUACAUUAUAAUCCGAUACAUAAUGAUAUAGAAUAAGAAAUGGUGUUAAUCAUGGUAUAGUCAUGUUUUGCAUGUCUGAGACAUAAAGUUGGUUGUUUUCUUGACAGAAAUUAACAUGAUGUAAGUUGUUAACUAACAAUUUUCUCUAUCUUCUUAGAGUGCC